UGCAACGUGGCCACGCUUGCAAAUAGCCCCAGAGUCUGUAUUUGGGCUCCUCGUGCCACGGUGAAGCCGAUACGUCGGGAUUCACAGGAACGGUGAAAAAGGGUACUGGUUUGGAGACACUUCCAUUGAAGGCCCUGACAUUCCAGAAGCUGUGUAUGCAGUAAUAAAAUUCAAGCCCAAUCAGGAAUUCCCUUGGAGCAUCUGUUUCAACAGCAUUAACUAUUAUGGUUAUACUCUUACGACAUUCUUAUUCAUGAUGAACACCUGUCUUUUCUGGUGAUGUUAGACCCUGGAGAGACUGCUGCACCACAGAAAUUCAGUUUGUGAACCACAAAAAUCCAGAAGCUGCAAAAAUAGAGGAAGGUGGGAUCAUUGCCCUGAAACACAUAUACCCACUGCAUACUUGUGUGAUCACUUGAAAAGCCUACUUCAUAGAUUUGCUUCUUGAAGAACUUCCUCCAGCAUGUGUCUAUAAAUAAAUCAUAUUACAUGCACAGUUCAUUAAGCCAAAUAAAGUAUUUUUUUUCUCAUUUAAAACUCUGCUAUUCAUGCAUACAGUGACCCAAAACAAAUUUGAUAGGUUAUGACUGAAGACAGAUAAGUUCAUUGAAAUACGUUCUAAACCUAUAAUCAAAAACGUAUUGUAUUGUGCUAAUACUAUACACACGCACAUAACACAUACACACAUUUUAUUUUUUUAGAUAUACUUAGGACAUGUUAGUGCCUCUGAAAUUGCAUGACAGUGUGAGGGCAUAAAGCUGUUUUCAAAUACUAAAUACCUGACGGGUGAGCAUACAUUUCCUAGCCAAUAAGGGAUCUAUUGUCAAUGUGCAAAGAUUCCAUACACUUAGAAGAGUGUAGUUAACCUUUUUCUAGUACUACACUUGAAAAGAGUUCUAGAUCAGGGAAGAGGGAAAUCUGCUGUGUAACUUCUAAUUAAGCAGAGACUAAUAUUUAGGAACAUAAGUUCUGCAUCAGUGUGUAUCCACAUAUACAUUGGUGUGUUUGGGUUACAUACUCUCUCCCUUGAUGGAGAAAUCCAAGGUAGAUCUAGAAGUAGCUGGAGACCCUGAAGGUGAAUCCCAUCAGGAUCUUUUGUCUGAUGAACCAGAUGCCCGCCCUACCUGGGGAUCAAAGGCUCAAUAUAUCCUCGCCCAGGUUGGCUUUUCUGUUGGACUCGGCAAUGUCUGGCGUUUCCCCUACUUGUGUCAUCAAAAUGGUGGAGGUUCCUUUCUGCUUUUAUACCUGUUGCUCCUCUUCAUCAUUGGAAUUCCCCUCUUCUUCCUGGAACUGGCCGCUGGGCAGAUUAUCCGACAGGGCAGCAUUGGCGUCUGGAAGCACAUCAGCCCUCGCCUAGUAGGCAUUGGCUUUGCAAGCUGUGUGGUGUGUUCUUUUGUUGCCCUAUAUUAUAAUGUCAUUAUGGCAUGGAGUCUUUUCUACUUGGGUAAUUCUUUCCAGUUUCCCCUUCCAUGGAGUGAUUGCCCAGGAGCAGAAAACGAAACAGCCGCAGUCACAGAAUCUGAAUGCAUGGACAGUUCUCCCACUAUCUAUUUCUGGAACCGAAAGGCCUUGCACAUUACCAACUCCAUAGAGGAGAGUGGGGGUCUUGACCCAGCCCUUGUUGGCUGCCUCUUUGCUGCUUGGAUGCUGGUUUGUCUCGCCAUGAUCAAAGGCAUUAAAUCUUCAGGCAAGGUUCUGUAUUUCAGCUCUCUGUUCCCUUAUGUAGUUCUCUUCUGCUUCCUUGUACGUGCUUUGAUGUUAGAAGGGGCAGCUGAUGGAAUCAAGAUCAUGUUCACCCCUAAGCUGUCCAUUUGGGGAGAUAUGCAGGUCUGGCGUCAGGCAGCCACCCAGGUGUUCUUCGCUCUGGGCCUGGGCUUCGGCACCAUCAUUGCUUACUCCAGCUACAAUCCUCAGCAUAACAACUGCCACAUCGAUGGGUUGCUUGUGUCUGGCAUCAACUUCCUUACCUCGGUGUUGGCCACACUGGUGGUUUUUGCCGUGCUGGGUUUCCGAGCCAAUGUGUUGGCGCACAGCUGUGUUGUAAGAAAUGCAGACCUUUUGACAGAGCUGGUGAAGAAUGGCUCCCUCUCGGCUGUGCUUCCCGCAAACAUGUCUGAUUUUUCACCUGCUCAAUACAGCAGUUGGUAUCAGGAUCAAUGGAACGAUACAAAGAAGCAGUUGGAGGAGUGGAAACUUGGUGACUGUCGUGUAGAAGAUGAAAUGAAUAAGGGUGUGGAAGGGACAGGCCUGGCCUUCAUCACCUUCACAGAAGCUAUGACCCUGUUUCCAACAGCCCCCUUCUGGUCUAUGCUGUUCUUCUUUAUGUUGCUCAAUUUAGGGCUGAGCACCAUGUUAGGGAACAUGCAAGGAAUCAUCACUCCUUUAUUGGACAACUUCCAAAGUCUCCAGCGUCGGCGGACGCUCUUCACAGCCCUGUGCUGCCUUAUUGGAUUCGUGCUGGGCUUAAUUUUCGUUCAAGGCUCAGGCAACUAUUUUGUGACUAUGUUUGAUGACUAUUCAGCCACUCUGCCCCUGCUUAUUGUUGUAGCCGGCGAAGCUUUUGCCAUAGCCUGGGUCUAUGGAGCUGACAGGUUCUUGGAUGACAUAGAAAACAUGCUGGGCUGGCGGCCAUGGAAAAUCUACAGCUACAUGUGGCGCUUUGUGAGUCUGGCAGCAAUGUUGUGCCUGUUGCUAGCGAGUUUGGUACACCUGGUCAUGAAACGCCCCACCUACACCGCCUGGAACAGAGAAAAGGCAGAGGAGGAGCAGCUGGAAUACCCACCAUGGGCCUUGGGCCUUCUCAUUAGCCUGAUCGUUGUGGCUGCUCUACCCAUUCCAGUCAUGUUUCUUAGGCAGCUCUUGCUGGAACGGUUUUCCCAACACAGCCACAGCUCUGGCCAAAUGCCUGUUCCCACCGAAGAAGAAGAUGGGGUGCAAGAAAAAGAAAGUCCAGCUGAUCUUGAGCUCGAUUCCCCAGGCAAUGGUUACUUGCUUGUGCCUGCAGAAGAGGGGCAGGAAUAGAAUGGGUGAUGUACAGGUAGUCCUCGACUUACAACCAUAGUGGAGCCCAGAAUUUCGGUCAUAAGUCAUUGCGAUCAUAAGUUGGGGCACCACAUGACCGAACUUGAUUUUUAUGACCAUUUUACAACCAGUCAUAAAGUGAGUCAGUCACAGUUAUUAAGUGAAUCGGGGACCUUAAAGCAAACCCAGUAUAUAUCCAAUGGGCGUUUUUUGCCAUUUUUUGUUAGAAAAUGGCAAAAAACGUGGCAGAUUGUAGUCACAUGACCAAAAGCUGCUGCAGCCGGUUAUACAAGCAAGUCAGUUGCCAAGCACCCAAAAUGCAGUCAUGUGACUCUAGUAGAGUGCGGCAGUCAUAACGUAGAGGACGAAUCACAAAUAGCUUUUCUGAAGUCCCUCGUUGCUUUGAGCGAUCGUUAAGCAGCUAUUUUGAAGUGCAUCGUAACUUUGAAUGGCUAUUAAGCGACAGUUGCUAAGCGAGAGCUACCUGUAUAGAAUGUGCAAUUCUCCACCUAUUUGCUGCUGCAUUUUCAGCCUUUAACAGCCUUACUAAGAAAGAAUAUUUCUUUUGGUCUCUAAAAAGAGAGACUCAUUAUAGUGACUUCAGAGACUGGCGCCAGGUCCAAGGCUUCUGAAACUAAAUCAUCAUAGCUUUUCCACUGGAAGCUACAAAAUUCUUAAUUUCCGGCUCUCUCAGAGUCAUGCUUGUCCAUACCUAUUCCAUUGAUAAUGGUGGAAUGGGACCUGAGUGGCUAUUGGUAGGGAGGGAAUUCCAAGCAAAGCAUUUAAAAGCAAAAUCAAGUAUUUAAUGCUUAGCGCUUAUUGGUUAAAGCCUGGUUACCCAUUCCUAAAAGUUGAAUGUAUAUGAUCUAUGUGAUCACAGUGUACAGCAUAUUUUUUAAAGUUAAGGUGGGAGUGAGAGGGAGAAAAUAAUUUAAAAUGUAAAUUAGACUGCUUUAAUGCUCUCAUUUAAGCAGUGUAUUUCGCUAGUGCUUCUUUUUAAACCAAGAAGAAAAGCAUGGGGAAAGGGUUUCCAUAAUUCUUUUUUUAGCUCUUAAUGAUAGUCCUACUGUAGGUCAUGUGACUAAGAGGAAACAGGGCUUAGAUCAGUUGGCAACAUUCCAAGCUCUGUCCAACUAUCUCUCCCAAAGAGACACAUCGAGGGGGUUUUUCUGACAGUUUUUUAAAAAUCCUGGCCUGAUCUGGAUUACUUCAAAUUUGAUUCUUUUUUUUUUGGUCUUAUUCUGCUGAUGAACGGGCAGAUAAAGUCCCGAGUCCCUUUACAUAAUUUGUUUGUGGCAUUCCAUUGGGUUGGAAAGAAUCAAAAAGUUAAUGGUAACACAAUUGGUGUGUUUAAAAUAUUAAUAGGUCACUAAACUUUAAAGUUGUAACUUUAAACAUUUUUUUUAAAUACAAAAGAAGACAAUUGUUAAGGAUAUCUGGAGAUCAGCUGAUGUUGUGGCAUCGGACACAAGGGGCUAGUUUCCGCGCUCCUGUGCCGAAUUCUCCCCACUGGUGGGAUCCGAAAAGAGCCAAAGCCUCCUGUAGGGGAGGCGAAGCAAAGAGGCGUGCCCUGUCACAUCUCUUGUGCCGGACCCAAGGCUUUUCUUUCCCUCUCAGCCAUGGUGUGGAGAAGAGACAGCCUAAACAUGGCUGCCACAAAGCUGGGAUACCUGACAAACAUCUAAGAGUGGUGCUGGCAUGAAGUUUGUGAACAGUGAUUGGAGCUGAGUGAGAAGAUCCCUUUUUUGGGUAUUUAGUCCCUAAACUUAAAAGAAAAAAGAAGAAAAUCUAGGAAGAGAAGCUCAGAAUUACCUUCUUUAAAGCGGCGAAUAACCAUAGAGAGAAAAAUCCUAGACCGGCUGAAAGGAGGGAAAAGUUAAAGAUCCUUUAAUCAAAGAAAAUUGAAUUUUUAAAUUGGAUGGGCGUUGUUAUGGGAAGGCAUUAUAAAAUACUGGAAUUAUUUAUCUGAACUUACUUGAGUACUUAAUAGUGUCUCUACAAAUUGAAAUAUAUUUGGAUUAAUUUAUCACGUCUGAAACAAUGCUGAAAAACCUGUUGAUGCAGCUAUUUACUGGUGAAUGGAAUAUACUACACUUCUACAAAUCUAGAAAAAAGGAGAGAAGAAAUAACACUUUUUUGAAGGAUUGUGGUGAGAUUAACUGUUCUAUAAUUAACUACUUCAUUAUUGUGAGAAUAAGACUCUUACGUAAAGUGACUUUUGUUGUGUGAAAAUUGCCUAGAUCCGUGAUGGUGAACUUAUGGCACGCGUGCAACAGGUGGCACGCGGAGCCAUUUAUGAGGGCACGCAAAGGCGUUGCCCUGUCAGCUCCAGCGCUCCCCAGCUGAUUUUUGGCGGUUUUUUGCAUUCCAGAGGAUUCCCUGAAGCCUCCAAAGGGCGAAAAACAGCCCAAAGCAAACCGGAAAUGAGGAGAGAGCUGCCCGCACCGGGGGAAGUGGGGGGACACAAAUGGCAAGGAAAGAAGAAAAGGGCCUUUUCCCCUUUCGCUGGCUGCUCUGUUCCCCCCGCCCCUUGCUAUUGAAGGGGAUCCUGCCUGAUCCCUGGAAUCCAAAGGGAAAUAAGAGAGCUGCAUGAGACAAGUGGCAAGGAAAGAAGAAAAGGGGCUUCUUUCUCUUUCACUGGCUGCUCUGUUUCCCCACCCCCCACCCCGGUGCUAUUAAAGAAGAUCCUGCCUAAUUGCUGGAAUCCAAUUCUUUCCUUGUCUUUCCCCCAUGCAGACUUUAGAUUCCAGUGAUCAGGCAGGAUCCCUUUAGAUUCCCUUUAGAUUCCAGUGAUCAGGCAGGAUCACCUUUAAUAGCAUGGGGGAGAGGGGGAAACAGAGCAGCCAGCGAAAGGGAAAGAAGCCCCUUUUCUUCUUUCCUUGCCACUUGUCUUUCCCUCGUGCAGGCAGCUCCCUUCCUCAUUUGUCUAUUGACUGUAGUGCCCAGGAUCCUCUGAUUGGGGGGGUGGGAGGUGUUAGCAACCGGAUUCACACCUGCCGGUGUAAAAAGGGCCCAAUCUUUACACAGAAUAAUGAUAAGGGAAGGUUUUUUGACGCAGGAGCACACUUGAGGAUCUCCCACCCCCGGUCUCUGCCCAUUUGUGGCAGAGCAACUUCCCUCCUCGCUGGGCGUUAGCCAAGGGGAAGCAUCCAGAACAGGGCGUGGCAGGGAAGCCUUGCGCAAAAAUGCACGGUCCACGCAGGUGAGGGGGGGAUUAUGUUAUGUGGGUGGGCACUCGAGUGCAUGUGCACACACUCAGGUGUUUUUGGCACCUGAGGCGAAAAACAUUCACCAUCACUGGCCUAGACUAUCUAAAUGGAAUCGAUCAAUAAUUUUGGGAUGUAAAGAGCUAUGACUAUUGAACUUUUUGAUGAGCAAAAUUGGAACUAUGUAUAUGGUUCAUGGCCGUGACUAAAAGCGGAUGUAUUAAACUAACAUAAGAUGUUUUUUCCAGGAGGAUUUUAGUGAUUUAGUGCUUCAGAGAUCCAGGGGAUAUCAUGAUAAAGAACCAAAGAGAGAUAAAAGACUUAAUCCAAGGCAUAAGUGGCAAAUUAGAAAAAAAUGACACAGCUGACAAUGAUUGAAAAGAGACGAAACAACGGAAAGAAUGGAUAAAAGAUAGAACAGACAAACCACCAAAUAAACCAACAGGACAAGAAAAUUUAUUUGAAAAAUAUAAAAAUGGGGCUGGAAUUGGAUAAUCUGGUAGAGGUUUUUGAAAGGGAGAAAGGAGUAGGGGUGAGUAUUUUGGAGAUCUGGCAGCCUAGGAGGAGAGAGAUGGGAGAAAUACUUAAAUGGAAUAAUGAAGAUAUAGAUGUUGAUAGAAACAAGGAUCCAAGAAAGAAAAGCCAAAAAACCCCAAAAACAAUUAAAAUUGAAGUAUUAAAACAGGCAAAAGAUGAUGGAUAGAAAAUAAUUUUUUCUUUCUUUCUUUUUUCUCAUAUAAUGAUGGCUUGAUUAAAAACUAGAAAUAGAGAUAGAAAUAAGAAUAUGCAUCUUUAAAAGGGCAAUGCCUUAAUUAAAUAUGUGUAUUAAUAUUAGGAUUAGUAAAAGUGACUAGAUUAGAAGUCAGAAUAGAGGUAGAAAUAAUUAGAGGGAAGCAGUUAUCUAUAUAAAUUGAAUAUAACUAGAUGGAAAGAUGAGAAAUUGAAAGAUGGUAUUACUAUGCAUAUUUAAGAAGAUUAUUGAUAUUAGAAUGGAACAUGGAAACAUUGAAUCAAACAAAUCAUUCAUUGAACAAUCAAAUAUGUUAAUAUUAGGAUUAUACAGGUUUGGUUAAUGUAAUAAUUGACUUGUUAUUUUUAUUUAUACUCAGAGGCCACACUGUUCAUGUAUUGAUGUUGUUUUAUGUUUAAAAACAAAA